AUGUAUGUGAAAUCCUUUGAUACAGUAAUGUUUUACUAUGUGAUUUUAGUGUAUUUAGCGACUUUAGUGUCACUUUUUGUCAUUUUCAACUUUCCCGCCGUUCCGUCCCCGUAUGUCCCGAAGGAACUCAGAAGACAGAUGUCGGCAUCCGCCGGAGAACAUUACAGGGGACACUGCAGGAGGGACAUCGCGAGAGCGCAGGACAAGGUAAGAGAAGAACAGAUCCCGGAGCAGCGCCGCAUGGUAAGCCCGAGUAUAGCUCGUGGUUACCGCUUGCGCUACACUCGGGAAUACCCCCAGGGGGGU